AUGCUUGAGAAGUUCCCGGCUGACGUCGAACCAUCACGCCCUCCAUAUACAUAUACACCAAUGCCAUUCUUUUUUUAUGGCUCUCUUACGGAUCCGCUGCGACUCCAAGAAAUACUUCAGCUCCCGGCGCCACCAGUUCUUAAACCAGCCAGCGUGCAGUGCUACAGUAUCAUGCUAUGGGGCCAGUACCCUGCUCUCGUUCACGGCCCAAUUAACAACCACGUGGAUGGCAUGGCGUUCGUUGUGGAGACCGAGGAGCAAGAGAAAAUGCUCAAAUACUAUGAGACGGAUGCUUAUCGUAUCGAAGGCGUACGGAUUUCGGUCGAUGGGAAAUUGCUGUCUGGGAGAACUUUUGUGUGGGCCAGUGACCCUACAGAGCUGGUAGAGGGCACGUGGUCAUUGGAAGAGUGGAAGAAGGACAUCGAGGAGGAAAUGGCAUCACACUUUCGGCCUCUGGAGGACUGA